AGGAGGCGUUGCUUUUUGCGCACGCGCGGUGGCGCGUCACUCAAGGCGAGGGGGAUUUGCGUUUGCCAACCUGAGGGUCUUGCGGAAGCUUGACUAAAAAAAUAAAAGGGAAGGGGAGGAUUCGGGGGAAAGAAACAGAAAGCCAAGAAAUUAGUUUUCGCUUUCUGAGGCGAAGGAAAGGCGCUGCCCGGCUCUGCUGGCCUCGGUUUGCUCGGCUGGAUUUUGUCCAUUGUUGACUUGAUCGAGGGUGGGAAGCCAUGGCGAACACAAGUGGGGUGGGAGACCCUGGCCUUUUACGGAUGAGCAUUGCCUCCCAGUUCUUUUCGGGAGAGGAAACGGCGGAGAUUGACACCAUGACCACGUCGGAGAAAGUUGUAGAUUUGCUGAAUCAAGCUGCCUUAAUAGUCAACGAGUCUAAAAUCACAAUCCUUAAACAAGUCCAGGAAUUGAUUAUAAACAAGGACCCUACCUUGCUGGAUAACUUCCUGGAUGAAAUCAUCGCUUUCCAGGCAGAUAAGUCUGUCGAGGUGCGGAAAUUUGUAAUCGGGUUCAUAGAGGAAGCCUGCAAACGGGACACGGAGCUAUUGCUCAAGCUCAUUGCCAACCUGAAUAUGCUGCUGAGGGAUGAGAAUGUCAACGUGGUGAAGAAGGCCAUCCUGGCCAUGACCCAGCUCUAUAAAGUGGCCCUACAGUGGAUGGUGAAGUCCAGGGUGAUCAACGAGAUGCAGGAAGCCUGCUGGGAGAUGGUCUCGGCCAUGGCCAACGAAAUCAUCCAGCUGCUGGACUCCGACAACGACGGCAUACGCACUCACGCCAUCAAGUUCGUGGAGGGCCUGAUCAUCACCCUCUCACCCCGCAUGCCAGAAUCGGAGGUGCCCAAGCGACACGAGAGCGACGUCAGCCUCGACCGGGUUCCCACGGACCACACGUACAUCAAAUACAAUGCCCUGUGGGAGGAAGGGAAGGCAGCGCUCGAGCAGCUGCUGAAGUUCAUGGUACACCCAGCCAUCUCCAGCAUCAACCUGACAGCAGCCCUGGGCUCCCUGGCCUCCAUCGCCCGACAGCGGCCGAUGUUCAUGUCGGAGGUGAUCCAGGCCUACGAGACACUGCACGCCAACCUCCCUCCCACGCUGGCCAAGUCCCAGGUGAGCAGCGUCCGCAAGAACCUCAAGCUCCACUUGCUUAGCGUCCUGAAGCACCCGGCCUCCGUCGAGUUCCAGGCCCAGAUCACCACCCUGCUGAUGGACCUGGGCACCCAGCAGGCCGAAAUCACCCGCAAUAUGCCCAACCUGAAGGACUUGCGCAAACGGCCCCGGGACGAGAGCGACCCCACUUUGAAAAAAAUGAAGAUGGAGCCCCCCCUUGAGGAGGACGACGAGGACAAAGACCUGGAGCAGGGGCCGGUGCCCACCCCCAAGCCCUCCAUUCAGAGCAUCACGCAGUCCGAUAUAGACAUCACAGCCGAGUUUCUGCAGCCUCUUUUGACUCCCGAUAACGUGGCCAACUUGGUGCUCAUCAGCAUGGUGUACCUCCCAGAGAACAUGCCGGCAUCCUUCCAAGCGACGUACACACCGGUGGAAUCCGCUGGGACCGAAGUCCAGAUCAAGCACUUGGCACGGCUGAUGGCCACCCAGAUGACCGCAGGUGGCCUGGGCCCGGGAGUGGAGCAGAUCAAACAGGCCAAAGAAGUCAUAAAAGGAGAGAAGAUAGUCAAGCCGGAAGGCGUCUUGAUCAAGCGACGCCUUUCCACCCUUAACCUCGGCCAGGCCAUCUCCGUGGUGGGAGCUGCGAGCCCGGCCUCUCCCUCCACGGAAGUCCCGCAGGCCAAGCGGCGCCCGGAACCCAUCAUUCCUUCCACCCAGCCAAGGAUGGUGGGUGCCAGCGGCCGCAAGAAGAUCUUCCGCCUGAGUGACGUGAUCAAGCCUCUCACGGACGCCCAGAAGGAGAAGCUCAAAAUGGCAGCUGUCAAGCGGAUCCUACGCUCCGAGAAGGCCGUGGCUUACAGUGGGGCGGCGCAUGCCCGGGUGAAGAUCCUUUCCUCCCUGGUGACCCAGUUUGAGGUCCCUCUGAAGCAGGAGAUCUUGGCCUUCAUCCUGGACGACAUCCGGAACCGGCUGGACCUGGCCUUCGCCUGGCUGUACCAGGAGUACAACACUUACCUGAGCCAAUACCCCACCGGCUCCCUCAACAACUACGAUGAAUGUCUCAUCGGCCUCCUCUCCGGCCUGCAGGAGAAGCCCGACCAGAAGGAUGGGAUCUUCACCAAGGUGGUUCUUGAAGCCCCCCUGAUCACGGAGAGCGCCCUGGAAGUCAUACGCAAGUAUUGUGAAGAUGAGAGCCGGACAUAUUUGGGCAUGUCGACCCUCCGCGAUCUGAUUUUUAAGCGCCCAUCCAGGCAGUUUGAAUACCUGCAUGUCCUGCUGGACCUCAGCUCCCACGAGAAGGACAAGGUUCGUCAGCAGGCCCUCCUCUUCAUUAAGCGGAUGUACGAGAAGGACCACCUGCGGGAAUAUGUGGAGAAAUUUGCCCUGAAUUACCUGCAGCUGCUGGUCCACCCCAACCCUCCUUCCGUUCUCUUUGGCGCCGAUAAAGAUACAGAGGUGGCCGCCCCCUGGACCGAGGAGACCAUCAAGCACUGCCUCUACCUCUACUUGGCCCUCCUUCCCCAGAACCACAAGCUGAUCCACGAACUGGCGUCUGUCUACACGGAGGCCAUUGCGGACAUCAAGCGCACCAUCCUCCGGGUGAUCGAGCAGCCGAUCCGUGGGAUGGGCAUGAAUUCCCAGGAGCUGCUGAAGCUGGUGAAGAACUGCCCCAAAGGGGCCGAGACUCUGGUGACCCGUUGCCUCCACAGCCUGACCGAUAAAGUUCCUCCAUCUCCAGAGCUGGUGAAACGAGUCCGAGAUCUCUACAACAAAAGGCUCCCGGAUGUCCGAUUCCUCAUCCCGGUUCUCAACGGCUUGGAAAAGAAAGAGGUGAUCCAGGCGUUGCCCAAACUCAUCAAGCUGAAUCCCAUCGUGGUGAAGGAAGUGUUUAACCGGCUCCUGGGAACCCAACAUGGUGAAGGAAAUUCGACGGUUUCCCCCCUCAACCCCGGGGAGCUGUUGAUCGCCCUGCACAACAUUGAUUCCACCAAGUGUGACAUGAAGUCCAUCAUCAAAGCGACCAACCUGUGUUUUGCUGAGCACAACGUCUACACCUCGGAGGUGCUGGCCGUGGUGAUGCAGCAGCUGAUGGAGCAGAACCCGCUGCCCAUGCUCCUCAUGCGGACGGUCAUCCAGUCCCUGACCAUGUACCCCCGCCUGGGCGGCUUUGUCAUGAAUAUCCUCACGCGCCUCAUUUUGAAGCAGGUGUGGAAGUACCCCAAAGUCUGGGAGGGCUUCAUCAAAUGCUGCCAGCGCACGAAGCCCCAGUCCUUCCAGGUCAUCCUCCAGUUACCCCCACAGCAGCUCAGUGCCGUCUUUGAAAAAUGCCCAGAGCUGAGAGAGCCUCUGCUGGCUCAUGUCCGCUCCUUCACCCCCCAUCAGCAAGCCCACAUCCCCAAUUCCACCAUGGCCAUCCUGGAAGCCACCAUCAAACAGGAAACGGAAGGCAAAGAGCUUCAGCCCCCGGAGGAAGGGAGGGGCGGCCCGGCUCCCUCCAGGACGAAGACCCUGAGAAGAGAGAGGGAGGAGGACACGGAGCCCCAGCCCCUGCUGCCUCGGGUGUCCCAGGACAUGAUCGCCCUGCGCCUGGCCCAGGAGAAGGCCCUGAAGCGCCAGCUGGAGGAGGAGCAGAAGCUCAAGCAGCAGCAGCAGCAGCAACCGCCUCGCCCUGCCGCCUCGCCCACCCCUCCCCCCGCCGAGGAAUUGGUGGACCUCCCGGAAGAUGUGCCCGAAGCCGAGACCCCCACCAUCUUCAUCAGCAUGCAGGAGGAGGAAGAGAGCUUUGGCGGGGAGAACUCCCUGCUGGAUUUCAGCUUGGAAGGGCCCUGGCCCAACAAG